GUGAUUGCGAGCACACCUCAAAGCUUCCAGACAAGGGAUCCAUGGGCGUCUAGUACUAUGAGAAAGUAGUGCGCGGUGUAAAGCAUUAUUUGGAUUACAUUUCCGAAUAAAAGUGUGAUACAAUUACAAUACGUCCCAAGUGAUUUCACACAAAUGCGUAUGGAGUGAAAAGUGGCAUAUUUGCGCACAAAUUAAGCGAACGUGUCGACUUGUAUUGGGCAGCGGAGGGAUAUCUCCAUCACACUGCGCGUCAAAAUAUUGGCUCAGGGAGACCGCGCCAAAGCUCAGACAGCGGCCACUCUCCGGGAUAACAACACACUGCGGAGGCCCUUUAAACUCACUGUACCGUCGACACGGUUACCGUACGGAGUGGUCGGGGUUUUUAUUUCUUCAGAGGAGUGUUUUGGUUUAUCUCAGAGGUCCUAUUUCAUGCCGGUUUUUCGGGCAAGACGGUGAACGACUUCACGGAGAGACGACUUUGACGGGUGCGGUGCGGCGGAGUUGGCGCACUGCUGGACUUGGAUACAUUACCCGCUUGACCACCGUGCACACUGCGCCUCAAUCCCCUGAAUUGGUCGUCAACGAGUGACCAGGGAUCGUCUACACCGGAUUUUUCAGCGUGAAUAUGUUGUUGUCAAAGUUUGGUUCAUUUUCGCACAUUUGCAACCCUUCAAGUAUGGACCAUCUACCAGUGAAGAUACAGCUUCAGCCGGUUAAAGCGGAAAAAGAGCCUUUCGAGAAGGUUUACCAGGUGGGAUCCGUGCUGGGGAGCGGAGGAUUUGGGACAGUGUACGCCGGCAGCCGGAUCUCCGAUGGGGCUCCGGUUGCUGUGAAACAUGUGGCAAAGGAGAGGGUGACCGAGUGGGGCACAAAUAACGGGUCCAUGGUGCCUUUGGAGAUCCUGCUGCUGAAGAAGGUCAGCUCCUCGUUUCGCGGAGUUAUCAAAUUGCUGGACUAUUACGAGCGAGCUGACGGCUGGCUGAUCGUCAUGGAGAGGCCGGAGCUGGUGAAGGACCUCUUUGACUUCAUCACCGAGAAGGGCGCCCUGGACGAGGACACGGCCCGGGGCUUCUUCUGCCAGGUGCUGGAGGCCGUCAGACACUGCUACAGCUGCGGCGUGGUGCACAGGGACAUCAAAGACGAGAACCUGCUGGUGGAUCUGCGCACCGGGGAACUCAAGCUUAUUGACUUUGGCUCGGGGGCCAUUCUCAAGGACACCGUCUACACCGAUUUCGACGGUACAAGAGUGUACAGCCCACCAGAGUGGAUCCGCUUCCAUAGAUACCAUGGUCGCUCGGCGACGGUGUGGUCGCUAGGCGUGCUGCUGUACGACAUGGUGUGUGGAGACAUCCCCUUUGAGCAGGACGAGGAGAUCCUCAGAGGGAGGCUGUACUUCAGGAGGAGGGUUUCAGCCGAUUGCCAGCAGUUGAUCAAAUGGUGCCUGGCCCUGCGACCCUCGGACCGGCCAACCCUGGAGCAGAUUUGCGACCACCCCUGGAUGAGGGCGACAACCGAGUCACCCAAGUCACAAGAGGAGCCGGCGGCCGGCGAGAUCCGCCUCAGGACCAUCGACACAGACUCUUCGUCAAGCACAAGCUCGAGCAAAGAGAGCCUCUGAGGACGGCUCUGACGGACUGAAAAGACUUUCUGGGGAGGGAAUGUGUUCCGAUGGAGGGGGUGGACGUGGACUCAAGGCUGGUCGCCUGUAGCCCAACUGGCCCAUCAGCAGCUGGGUGCUUGUCACAGCUGGUCCGGCGAGACAAAAUGUACUUUACUUUUCCUCUUUUGUAGGGAAUUUUCUAAUUUAUUACUAUUUGUUCUUCCUUAUCUUAUUUUACCCCAUUCCCUUUUUUAUCCCCUUUUCGGUUAAUUAUACUCGUUUCCUAAUAGGGAACAUUUUUCUGUUUGGACGGUCUUACCAGCACUAUUUAUUUACCCCCCCCUUUUUAACUUUAUGUUACUCGUUUUGUUACUAGGCUGGUAUAUGCAGCUGGCAAGGCCCUCCUAUUCAGACAUGGCUGCUCUCAUAGAGCUUGGAGAAAACCUUUUUAUUUAAAUGUUUUAAUUUUUGAUUUUGUAGUGCCUUUUUUUGGAAAGCUGCUUUUCUCGGGGGGGAGGGGGCUUUCAUCAACAACUCUGUUUUUUGGGGGAUUUGCCCAUGGCCUGGUGGCUUGGUAGACUGUGCUGUGAUGGAAGAAGAGGGGGUUAGGCUGUGUUUUUUUCCCCCUCCGUCCUCUCCAUCACUGUAAGUCAACCAGCCCCAAGCCAAGAGGCUAAGAUAGCAUUAGUUCGGAGGGAAGGAGGUGGGGGCUCUUCCUAACAAUGGAAUACUUGAAAAACACUUGACUCAACUCUGUGUCGCUCUCUUUAACGCUGCUCACUCACUCUAUAGCCUGAACAGGUGUUUGGAAACUGGAUCCUGUCUUUUCUGAAUGUCUACAAAAUGUCAACACACACACCUACCCACCUUUUUGUCCCCCACUUCCUCCCCCCCGUGCCUGUUGCGGGGUGUUUGGCCCUCUUGACUUUUUCUUUUUGCCUCCAGCCAUCUCACUGCUUGACACUACAUGGCCCCCGCCCCUGGUCUCCGUCAGGGUUUGGGGUGUGAAAUGCACAAUCAAUGCAAUAUUCAUGGACUCAAUUAUGUAUUUUAUUUUUUUCAACAAAUAUUGUACAGCCUGUUUUGUUUUUUUUUCUUCUUUUUGUGUGUGUACAUUAUUUUUCCUCCCCGUUUGCAUUUAAUUUAUUUGUAAACAUGUAGACAUUCCACACUCUGUGGCUAUUUAUUUAUUUAUUGUCUAUGCUUAAAAUCCCCUCUAAAUUUUGCAUAUCCUACUUGGCCUUUGGUUUGCAUUCCUAUAACUUAUUUUUACAUUUUGACAUGUUUUUUUUUUUUUUUUUUUUGAGAUGUGGAGGAUGCACUGAAGCAGUUGUCGAUGUAAAGCAGAAUAAAACAAGUUUACUUAAAUUUGAAAA